AAGCGUACGCAAGCAAUAAGCGGAAGCACGUAUAGAUCUCGAUAUUGAAAAAUUCAAAACUUAGCGUCGCCGGUUCGCUUGGUGGUGAGUCUCUCGCGCGCGCCCUCUCUCUCUCUCUCUCUUUCGUGCGCUCUCUUUGCGCUUGCGUGAAUUGCUCCGCCCCGUGUGUAGUUGCAGGGCAAAAGCGCCGCAGGACUCGUUGUUUAGUCGAACGACGUGCUUCAAGCAGUGAUGAGCAGACGUAACCACAACAACAACAACAGCAACAAUUUUAUGCAGUGCUUGUGUUUAUAAAGUGCUAAAGAUAUGCAAAGCAUAACAACAACAAUAGUGAUAACAACAAAAUGCGCUGAAAAACAAUAACAAAGUAUAUACAACAGCAAGUGAUAAAAACAAAACAUACAAGUGGCCAACUGCACAACUGAGCAUGGGCUAAUUAAUGGCCUAAAAGUUGAGGGUAAACAACAACAGCAACAAAUAACUACAAAAGCAAAGGAACUUAACUGCCAGCGACCCAGACCAGCAUCGUCGUCUGUCUGCAACCAGCAGGCGGCAAAAGACACGUCGAAGAACGCGCACAGAAUGUACAAAAUGUUUAGAAAACAUUUUCGGCGAAAAUCAACAAAAAGCAAUACAACGAUAGCAGCAGCGGCAGCAACAGCUACAGGCAGCCUGAGAAUGUUUGCAACAGCGCAACAGCCUGAGCCAGAGCAACAGCCACAGCGGCAACGUCAACGCGAAGCAGCAACAUCAACGCUGCGAUCGCUGAUUGACGAUUGUCGAUCAUUAAAGUCUGCCUGCAACUUAAUUGCUUUAAUUUUAAUAUUGUUAGUUCAUAAGAUAUCCGCAGCUGGUAACUUCGAGCUGGAAAUAUUAGAAAUCUCAAAUACGAAUAGCCAUCUACUUAGCGGCUACUGCUGCGGUGUCCCAACAGAGCUGCGCGCCACCAAAACGACGGGUUGCACGCCUUGCACAACGGCGUUUCGUCUUUGCUUAAAGGAAUACCAGACCACAGAGCAAGGCGCCAGCAUAUCGACGGGCUGCUCGUUUGGCAAUUCGACUACGAAAAUACUUGGCGGCUCUAGCUUUGUGCUUAGCGAUCCGGGUGUGGGCGCCAUAGUCUUACCCUUCACAUUCCGUUGGACGAAGUCGUUUACGCUAAUAUUGCAGGCGUUGGAUAUGUACAACACAUCCUAUCCAGAUGCGGAAAGGUUAAUUGAAGAAACAUCAUUCUCGGGCGUGAUACUGCCGUCGCCGGAAUGGAAGACACUGGAUCACAUUGGGCGCAACGCUCGCAUCACCUACCGCGUUCGAGUGCAAUGCGCCGUUACCUACUACAACACGACCUGCACGACCUUCUGCCGUCCGCGCGACGAUCAGUUUGGUCACUAUGCCUGCGGCUCAGAGGGUCAAAAGCUUUGCCUGAAUGGCUGGAAGGGCGUCAACUGUGAGGAGGCCAUAUGCAAGGCGGGCUGCGAUGCGGUACAUGGCAAAUGUGAUCGACCCGGCGAAUGCGAGUGUCGACCUGGUUGGCGCGGUCCGCUGUGCAACGAGUGCAUGGUCUAUCCGGGCUGCAAGCAUGGCUCUUGUAAUGGCAGCGCUUGGAAAUGUGUCUGCGAUACGAAUUGGGGUGGCAUCUUAUGCGAUCAAGAUUUAAAUUACUGUGGCACUCAUGAACCCUGUAAACAUGGCGGCACCUGCGAGAACACCGCGCCGGAUCAAUAUCGCUGCACUUGCGCCGAGGGUCUGUCGGGGGAGCAGUGCGAGAUUGUGGAGCAUCCAUGUGCCACACAGCCCUGCCGCAAUGGCGGCACAUGCACGCUCAAGCAAACGAAUGCAACCAGGCCGGCGGCAGCGUAUCGCGUCAUGCGUGGCAUGAGCUCCUCCAUGGGCAAACCGAUAAGCCGACGCAAUUCAAUACGCAGUCUAAGCAACUUGUUCCCGGAGCUGCAGAAUGCCAACAGCAGCGGCAGCCAAAACAACAACAACAAUAACAAUAACAAUUCGAAGCAGCAGCCAGCCGCUGGCUUUACUUGCGGCUGUGUGCCGGGCUGGACGGGACCAACAUGUGAAAUAAACAUCGAUGAGUGCGCCGGCGGUCCCUGCGAGCAUGGUGGCACUUGUGUUGAUUUAAUCGGCGGCUUUCGCUGCGAGUGUCCGCCCGAAUGGCGCGGCGAUGUCUGCCAGGUGGACGUGAACGAAUGCGAGGCAUCUUAUGCCGCCGCGCUGCCAACAACAACGCUGCUGACCACCACAGCGAGCGCCAUCAUAGGCAGCAAUCUGAGCAGCUCGGCAGCGCUGCUGGCGGCGCUAACCAGCGCUGUGGCUGCUUCCUCCAGCGCAGCAGCCAAUACGCAUGGGCCCUGCAUAAAUGCCGUGGAAUGUUUGAAUUUGGCGGGCUCGUUCUCGUGCGUCUGCCUGGAGGGCUGGGGUGGCGCCACCUGUGCCGAGAAUCUGGACGAUUGUGUGGGCCAGUGCAAAAACGGCGCCAGCUGCAUUGAUCUGGUCAACGACUAUCGCUGCUCCUGUGCGCCCGGCUUCAGCGGACGUGACUGCGAAACGGACAUAGAUGAGUGUGCGGCCAUGCCCUGUCGCAAUGGCGGCGAGUGCGUCGACAUGGUGGGCAAAUUCAAUUGCAUUUGUCCGCUGGGCUACUCGGGCUCACUCUGCGAGGAAGCCAAGGAUCAUUGCACGCCCUCGCCUUGUCUGCAAGGACGUUGCUUGAAUACGCCCGGCAGCUACUACUGCCACUGUCCGCCGGAUCGUGCUGGCAAGCACUGCGAGCAGCUGCGUCCGCUUUGCUCACAGCCACCCUGCAAUGAGGGCUGCUUUGCCAAUGUCAGCGCUGUGGCCAAGCCUAGUGGACAACCCUGCAGCGGUCAUGGCAGCUGCGAGAUGAGCGACGUGGGCACCUUCUGCAAAUGCCAUGUGGGCCACACGGGCACUUUUUGCGAGCACAAUCUCAACGAAUGCUCACCAAAUCCUUGUCGAAACGGCGGUAUUUGCCUUGACGGUGACGGCGACUUUACAUGCGAGUGCAUGUCGGGCUGGACAGGCAAACGCUGCUCGGAGCGUGCGACCGGCUGCUAUGCGGGCCAAUGCCAAAAUGGCGGCACCUGCAUGCCCGGCGCACCGGAUAAAGCGCUGCAGCCGCAUUGCCGCUGUGCGCCCGGCUGGACGGGAUUAUUCUGCGCCGAGGCCAUUGAUCAGUGUCGUGGACAGCCGUGUCACAAUGGCGGCACCUGUGAAUCGGGCGCCGGCUGGUUUCGCUGCCUAUGCGCGCAAGGCUUCUCCGGUCCGGACUGCCGCAUCAAUGUUAACGAAUGUUCGCCGCAGCCUUGCCAAGGUGGCGCCACCUGCAUUGACGGCAUUGGCGGCUACACUUGCAUUUGUCCAGCUGGACGUCAUGGACUGCGCUGUGAAAUUUUGCUAUCCGAUCCCAAGUCCGCCUGCCUGAACUCCAGCAAUACCAUUUCACCUUAUGCAGCGCUUAAUCAAUCGCAAAGCUGGCUGGACAUUGCGCUAAGUGGACGCAGCGAGGAGGACGAGCAUUGCAAUGCCUGCGUUUGUGACAACGGCAACUCACGCUGCACCAAUCUGUGGUGUGGACUGCCCAACUGCUUCAAGCCGCAAACGGUGUCCAAGUCCUCGAAUCUUUCAGGCGUCUGCAAGCAGCACGAGGUGUGUGUGCCCGCCUUGAGUGAAACCUGCCUGUCACCGCCUUGCAGUGUGCGUGGCGACUGUCGCGCCUUGGAGCCUUCGCGACGCGUGGCGCCACCACGUCUGCCCGCCAAGGCCAGUUGUUGGCCGAAUCAGGCUUUGGUUAGCGAAAACUGCGCCCGGCUUACUAUACUGCUGGAUCUGGAGCGCGUGGGCAAGGGCGCUGCUGUGGAGGGACUUUGUUCGCUGGUGCGUGUGCUGCUGGCAGCACGUCUCAUCAAAGAGCCACAGCUGCAGCCAUCUGCUGAUGAUGCUGCCGUCGAGCCGGGCCUGCUUAUGGUGCUGUGUGAUCUGAAGACAGGCAGCAAUGAUACAAUCGAACUAACAGUGUCCUCUAGCAAACUGAACGAUGCACAGCUGCCUGUAGCCGUCGCCCUGCUGGGCGAACUGCUUAGCUCACGUCAGCUAAACGGCAUACAGCGACGCAAUGAGCAACUGCAGCAUGCCAAGCUGGAGGCGCUUACGUCCAUACUGGAAGUAAAGCUGGAGACAGCGAGCAUAGCAGAUGGCAACAGUCAUAGUUUGCUCAUAGGCGUGCUCUGCGGCAUCUUUAUAGUGCUGGUGGGUUUCUCCAUAUUCAUCAGUCUCUAUUGGAAGCAGCGCUUGGCGUAUCGCAGCAGCUCGGGCAUGAAUCUGACGCCAUCGCUGGAUGCGCUGCGACAUGAAGAGGAAAAAUCAAACAAUUUGCAGAACGAGGAGAAUCUGCGACGCUAUACGAAUCCAUUAAAGGGCAGCACCAGCUCUCUGCGUGCAGGCACAGGCAUGGAACUGAGUCUGAAUCCUGCGCCAGAGCUGGCAGUGACGGCAGCCAGCAGCUCGGCGCUGCAUCGCUCGCAGCCGCUGUUUCCGCCCUGCGACUUUGAGCGUGAGCUGGACGCCAGCACGGGCCUGAAGCAGGCGCAUAAGCGCAGCUCACAGAUUCUUCUGCACAAGACGCAGAAUUUGGAUAUGAAAAAGAAUACAGUGGGUUCGCUGGAUAGUCCGCGCAAGGACUUUGGCAAGCGCGCCAUUAACUGCAAAUCGCUGCCGCCGCCGGCCAACGAUGAUGACAUACUAACCACCGUUGUGGUCUGAGCGUAUCGAGCGAGCGAUCUCAAUUUGCAGUUAAACAUGCUUAAAGUUCCUGGCCCCACCAAAAGCAACAAGUGGGCGGAGUUCACACCACGCGCGUUUUUUCGAAAAAAAAGUGCAUUAGUAGCGUAAGUUGUCGUCGUAACUAGUUUAGUUGUAGUCUGGUUAGUUAGUUAGUCUUAGCUUAGCUUAGUUAGUGCGUGUUUUUUUAUGGCUGCGUAGUUAGCAUAUUAUGUUGCCUAGCUAAAAUAUAUAAAUUGCAAUAUUUUUGUUUGCUGCUAAAUCUACUACUAAUACUACUACCUACCUACUACUAUUUCACAAGCUAAGCAACAUCCUACACAGUGUGAUAUUUAGCAUAAACACAAGACAGACGCGCAGGCGUUUAUUAAAAUGCAUAAGUUGUACAUAAUGUAAAGCGUUAGUUCUUAGACUCUUUAGCAGUUAGUUAUUUGUUUUUAAUUGCAAU